CGGUGCUAAUACCACACCAGAUUAUCGCAUAAAAAAGCACAGCGGAAACUAAAGUUUACAGCUCAUGAAACUCCCAGAAUGAAUGGGACAGCAUACUCCAACUUUGACAACCAAGAACAUGUCUUAAAAUUAGGAGAUACGUUUGAAAAACAUCCUAAAAGUGCCUUCCACACGGUGCGAUAUGACUUCAAACCAGCAUCCAUUGACACAACAUGUGAAGGGGAGCUUGAAGUUGGCAAAGGAGAGCAAGUCACGAUUACAUUACCCAAUUUAGAGGGUUCAAGUGUUCCAGUAACAGUCUUUAAGGGAUCCAAGAGGCCUUACAUGAAGGAAUGCAUCCUUAUUGUAAACCAUGAUACAGGAGAGUACAGACUGGAAAAACUCAACAGUAAUAUAGCUGUAAAGAAAACCAGAGCUGAGGGUAGCAGUAAAAUUCAGUCUCGCUUGGAGCAACAAACCAGUCGUCUUAGCCAGCAGAUGAAGAGUAGCAGCAGCAGCAGCAGCAGUAACAAGACCUCGACUAACUCAAAGAGUUCUCCUCACAAAGAAAAGACUUCCCCGGCAUCCCCAAUGGAUGAUAUUGAGAGAGAGUUGAUGGCAGAGGCACGGGUCAUGGAUCAGCUGAGCAGCAGCAACAGCUCUUCAGACUCUAACAGCUCGUCGUCCUCCAGCAGUGACGACAGCUCGAGCAGCAGUGAUUCAGAAAAUGAACAGACUCCUGCGGCACCCUCAGCUCCGGCUAACCAGGGCAUGCCCAUCAUUAACACUAGCACCAACCCAACAAGUCACCACCAAGAGACUGGCGGAGGACUCAUGAACACUCUCAAGAAUGACCUCCAGCUGAGCGACUCGGGCAGUGAAAGCGAUUAACGAAUGAAGAGUAUUCUCAGUGAGGAGAAGAGGAGCCAGUCACGGACCUGUUAGUGUCUUGCUUCUUUUAAUGUGAGACUGUCUUAUUUACAUAUCCUCAGUUCUGUGCACCUUCUCUCCUAACCAACUUCAAAUUUAGCCUUGUUUUUUUUCUUUUUGUGCAAAGAUUUAGUUAAAAUGUCUUGAAUCAGAGCGAUAUGAAGUUGUAUGAUAAGCCAGGCAAAAUGUGUAACAUUUCUCACUAAAUGCUCUUGCAUGGUUGAACUGGUCAUGGAAAUGUGAGGGGUGAAAUGACAGUGGUCUUCAUAAAGUGUAGAUGGAUGUUUCUCCUCAUCAAUUGUCUUGAAUCACCUCCUUUGAUUCUUUGUUUCAGCUUGGCAAUAUUGGCAACCAUAGUUGUGCCUAGUGUUAAAUAUCAGUUGCAAGACUGUCUCAGCUGCUAGUUUCUUAUCUGAGGCGAAACUGUCAUACCAGAUCCGACAUAUUUUUUUACAGAGAGUCACGUUGAAAUGAGUCUUUUGAGAUAUAAGAUAAUGAGCUUUUUACUUUGAAUCACUAAAACUCAGCUGCAGGUCAACUCUUGUCAUUUCAGCCUUUAUUAAUUAUUAAAAACAUUAUUUUUCCUCAGCAGAACAAGCAUCCAGAAAUUAUUGAUCAUAGCUGAUGUGGUUGUAUAUUAUUGCAGCAUGAAGAAUACAAGUGUAAUACUCAUUUUCUCUAGGUCAUUACUUUCUCCUGAGAAAUGCAUCUCACUUUUUUGUUACUAAAUUUUCCAUUUUGUUUGCAAACAUAUUUAACUUUAACUCCCUAUAACUUUAUAUGAGAACAGCCACCUGUUAUAAGAAAAAGGAUUUCCAACAGUAGAGUUUGAUAGCAAGGAGCUGAAAGAUGGUAAAAAUCUCAGUGGUGUUUAAGUGAAAUGUUAGUCAUGAUUAGCUGUAGCUUCAUACUGUUACUUCUCCACUUUUACCCUGUAGCAGUGUUAAUUGUCAACAUAAAAAAAUGGUGAUUAUUGCAGCUUUUUAAAGCAACGUCUCUCAAAUCUCACACAUUGGAUGAAUGAUGUAGAGCAAGAGAGGAGGGAAAAGUAGUGCACUAAUACUCGAUGGACUCAGGUAGGGUGACGUUUUGUUGCUUUAAAUCUGCGAUACUUAAAUCUAAUUAUUUAUCUUUCUGAAUACACUCAACCGAUAGUGAAAUAAUUUUAUGUAUGUUUUUAAUUCCCAAACUAUUGGAAGCUCAAGAAAAAAGCUGUACUGCAGAACAAGCCAGGUGCAUCGAAGCUGCACCUGAGAGUGAGUCUUAAAGAAUUUCUUGUGCCUUUUCUUGGUUGCGUCAGGCAGUUAUAAGCAGUAAGAAGUUAUUUAAAAUUUCUUAUCACAGCUGAGCUGUCUCCACAAACAGGAAGCAGCUGUUUAUGUUGUCUUUUGGCAACUAUAAUGACUGAAUACAAUAAGAGACUGAGAUUUGUGUUGCCUUUUGAUUAGAGAAAUCAAAGUGUAUGCAAAACCUGUAGGAGGAAGGUGGAAAAUUUAUUUGUAAAAUCUUUGAGAAUAAUUAAAGCUUAUAAUUCUU